AUGCAUUAUGAACCCUAUCAUUUUUCUCCAUUACAAACGCUGACGACUGCUCGAUGGAUGCGUCAUGAACACACCGACACAUUCAAUGGUUGGCUUUACGGUGAACGAAAAAAUGUGGAAGCUAUUCCCGUGAACCUUAUGACAUCAAUAUCUUGUCAUCUAUGUCACGACACUGCCAUGACUGCGCCAUCGUUAUUAGACGUUCAAGAUAAUUUAUUUCACCGGCGUAUUCAAUCGUUUAGUAUCGAAAAACUAUCGUUAUGUCAAACAUUUUUAGAAGAAGAUUUUCGAGAGUGUACACGAAAAAUCGUUGCACAAUUUGAGACGUAUAAACAGACGCUACUCAAGUAUUUGAAGAUGAAGAAAAGUCAAGAACAUCAGCGACAUGAGUAUGUCACCAUAUGA